CAGUCCAAGUGUCCAGCUGUACACCGCGAUCUCAACAAGUAGCACUCAUCAUGAACAAGUUCAUCGUCGUCGCGGUUUUCGUCUCGGUCAUCGCAGGAGCUUUGGCUGAUUACGGUGCACCGCCACCACCCAAGUACGAGGCCCCCAAAGGAGGAUAUGAAUCGAGCGGCGGCUAUGGUGCUCCAGCUAAGGGAGGAUACGAAUCGAGUGGAGGCUACGCUGCUCCUGCCAAGUACGAGGCCCCGAAAGGAUACGCAGCACCAGCACCCAAAGGAGGUUACGGAGGUGGUGGUGGCUACGCACCGGUAGUGCACACUUACGCCGCGAAGGCUCCAUCUGCGAAAUGUGGAGCUAGUCUGCUGGUCGGAUGCGCUCCCAGCGUAGCGAAGGUACCAUGCAUCCCAAGCAAGGGUGGAUACGGUGGUGGCAGCAAGGGUGGAUAUGGCGGCGGAAAAGGUGGAUAUCGUUCCCACAUGGAUCAUGAGGAAGCUAUGGAUGAGUUCGAGGAAUAAGCGCUGAUAAUGGUUGUGAGAUCUUGGGUACAAAGGAAAUGCGAUGGACAUAGACAUUCGUCAAUAAAUC